GAAAAAGCAAAAGGCGCAAAAUGUAUUUUCACAAGUCAGGGACGCUGCACGUAAAAGCAGUGCUUCGGUGCUUUGAGCAAUUUGCAUCCUUGUGAUUGGGUGAAGCCACAAAGGCCUGUUUGGUUUGUGCAAACCGGACAGCGCUCGCACCCUUCAACUCCUCCCCUCGUCGACCGCACACACAGAGAGAAAGCGAGAGAGCGAGCGAGGGAGGGAAAGAGAGCAGACGCAAAAGGUGGACUCUCACUCUGAUGCACGUCUCCUCUUCACUGUCGUUAUCAAACUGUUGCAUUCGGGGCUCGUGCAGCUGCUGCAGAUGAUUGUGGAUAAGGCGGACUUCUUACUUCAAUUAAGAACAUGUUGACUCCAUUAAGAGGUCCUCGUUUGUGGAAGCGCGGGAAGCCCGGGCUGGAGUUCGAGCGCGGCCAAGCGAUCCUCCUGAGGCGAGACAUGUAAGGCGCAUCCGCUUUUGUGCAAGCAGCUCGCACGUUUAUGACUUUCGAAAGGCCGGCCGCGCAAAAGUUGUAGCGACUGACCUUGCGAACGAUGGACGGCAACCUGAGCGCGCCGGCCUCCGCCUUGAGCAACGGCACGGCGCCCUACCACCCCGCCGCCGGAUCCUGGAUCCUCCUCGUACUGGUCGCCGUCAUUGUCAUCAUCGUGGUGGGAAAUCUGCUAGUCAUCAUCGCUGUCGCUUCGACUUCCCAGCUCCAGACCACAACAAACAUCUUCAUCAUGUCUCUGGCUUGCGCUGAUCUCAUCAUGGGCGUCCUGGUGGUGCCCCUGGGGGCCACCAUCGUGCUGACUGGCAACUGGCAGCUGGACGAAACCUCGUGCGACUUCUGGACUUCGGUGGAUGUUCUGUGCGUGACGGCGAGCAUCGAGACGCUCUGCGUGAUCGCGGUGGACCGCUACGUAGCCAUCACCAGGCCGCUCCGGCACCAGGUUCUGCUGUGCAAGUGGCGCGCCAGGGCGAUCGUUUGCUUGGUGUGGAUGGUUUCCGCCUUGAUCUCGUUCGUGCCGAUCAUGAAAGGCUACUGGCGCGCGGACGACGAAUACGAGGCCAGAAUGUGCUACGACGACCCCGCUUGCUGUGACUUUGUCACCAACCGGGCCUACGCCAUCGUGUCCUCCAUCGUGUCGUUUUACAUCCCUCUUUUUAUCAUGAUCUUCGUGUACGCCAAGGUCUUCCUAAUCGCGAGGCGGCAGGUAAAGCUCAUCGACAAAAGCAGGACGCGUUUCAAGCACGAGCGUCCAGCGAUGGGAGUGCAAGCCGGUUCCGAGUUGAACAACGCGGCCCUCCAGUCGGCCUGCAUCAGCCAGGGAACGUGCAACGGCGGGCUGUGGCGCAAGGGCGUCAAGCGAAGACCGUCGAGGUUGCUGCUUGUCAAGGAACACAAGGCCCUAAAAACUUUAGGUAUCAUCAUGGGGACGUUCACCGUGUGCUGGCUGCCGUUCUUCGUCGCCAACAUCAUCAACGCUUUCGACCGGAGCGUUCCGUCCGAGAGGAUCUUCAGACUCUUGAACUGGUUGGGUUACGUCAACUCCGGGCUCAACCCCAUCAUCUACUGCCGGAGCCCCGAGUUCCGCGCCGCCUUCAAGAACCUCCUGGGCUGUCCGUGGCUGUCCACCCUGUGGCUCAACAACUUCUACAAAGAAGUGCGGACCCGCUGCUCCUGCUUUGAGUGGCGGGCCGAGUCGGGCCUGGCGGGCUCUUUCCACAAACCUCCGAGCUUGCCCACUACCGAAGGGAGUGGGAGCGAAGGCGUGUCCCCGGUUCCGCUCCAGUCCAACGGCGCCACGCAGUUCGGCGAGUCGCCGCAACCGGAGGCCAUAUUCUUCACAUUGCAGGAAAAAGAAGGAUGAGGACUGCCGACGUCGCACUACUGAAGCCAUUACUGUGAAUCCCGGCAGCCAAUGAGGAGCCUCCGCGGCGGACGGUGAGACCCAGCACCGGGACGGCGGGACUCGAACCGUGG